UAUCUACUGGUCUCUUUUGGCUUCGCGGGUGCGUUUCUGUAUAUUCAGGUGUUUUGCUCUCUCAUAUCUCUCCUUGUCACACUAGUGGUCAGUGGGAUUGUGACAUUUUUGGGUCUGCUGUUCAGAACUGUCAAGAUGGAAUAUACUGUGAUUAUUUUCAGUAUUGGGUGUGUUUUCGCUGGAGGUGGAAUACUCAUGUACAUUUUGGGAGUCAUUUUUCAGAAUGAACAAAAACUUCAGAUGUCUUUCAAAAUAGCCACGUGCAUUUCAAUGGCUUUCUUCGCAUUAUUA